GGGUGUAAUAAUGUGGUAAACGACGACGACGGGGCCGUACAAACGUUACCGUGUUUGAUGUUGCUUAUGCCUCUUGUCCCUUAGCUUCUACGCCGCCGUUUCAUUCCCUUAAUUCCCACGAUUAUAACAAUCGUAGUUUCGAUCAAAUUCAGGUAAAUUUCAAUUUCUUUUUGUUCAAUCCGAUCUCGUCCUUCCCACCGAUCUUUGAAAGCUUUCCUCUUUUCGGGGUUUUCGUUUUCUUUUGGGGGAUUUGAUCGACAACUAUUCCAAUUUUAGCUUUUCCUCAUUGUCAAUGGCAUCUUCUUCAGACCCAUGGGUCAAAGAAUAUAACGAAGCUGUAAAAAUUGCAGAUGAUAUCAAUGGCAUGAUAUCUGACAGGAGUUCCUUACCUGCAUCAGGACCAGAAACUCAGCGUCAUGCAUCUGCAAUAAGAAGGAAGAUUACGAUUUUAGGGACUAGACUAGAUGGAUUGCAGUCCCUUUUAUCUAGACCUACUGGGAGGCCCUUAACAGAGAAGGAGAUGAAUCGACGCAAGGACAUGGUUGCAAAUUUGAGAUCCAAAGCGAACCAUAUGGCUUCUGCAUUCAACAUGUCAAACUUCGCUAACAGAGAUAGCUUGCUGGGGCCAGAAAUUAAGCCAGAUGCCAUGAGUAGAACAGUUGGUUUGGAUAACUCUGGCCUUGUUGGUCUUCAACGGCAAAUAAUGAAAGAGCAAGAUGAGGGUCUUGAGAAGUUGGAGGAGACAGUAGUAAGCACAAAGCAUAUUGCAUUGGCGGUCAAUGAAGAACUUGAUCUGCACACCAGCCUCAUUGAUGAUCUGGACCGACAUGUGGAUGUUACUGAUUCUCGCCUAGCGAGAGUGCAGAAAAACCUGGCAAUUUUGAACAAGCGUACGAAAGGUGGUUGUUCGUGUAUGUGCAUGCUUUUAGCUGUUAUCGGGAUCGUGAUUCUGGUUGUCGCCAUAUACUUACUGAUCAAAUACUUGUAAUACCAACAACAACAGCCAAAAAACACAACAAGCUUGCUUGCAAGCUUGUUGUUUAGUGUGUGUCGUGUGUGGAAUUGGUUCUCAAUUAUUACUUCCAUGUUGGGAAACUUCUCAUUUUGCUUUCUCAUCCUUUUCUCUUUAUAUCUUUCUGGUGCUUUGCUUGUGUGAAGAUAAUGCUGAGCCGUUCAGAACAACUUUGUAAAUUUACAAAGUAAUUUAAGUCUUGUUGGGCACAUCUUUAACUAUUUAUUGAAUCUUCUUCUUUUGUC